AUGUCUGAGCCAGAGUCGAAGCUGGACCUGACGGCGCUGUCGGACGCGCUCGGCGACGGCACAGGCCAGGCCAGCGUCGAGGCCAAGAAGGACGAGGAGAAGAAAGAGGAGCAGGGCAGCAUCAAGAAGACGAAGCCAGCGACGGACUCGCCCGAGACGCUGUCGCCCACCUCGCCCAGCGGCUCUCCUCCACCCGCUCCAAGGCCCGCGCCCGUACCAAGCUCCAUCCCGAGUACCACUCGGCCGGCCGCCGUGGGGCAGGAAGAGGAGGAGGAGACGACGGCGACGCUCUCGCCCGAGGCGCAGAGCAUCAAGGCCAUGUUCCCCGACUUUGACGCCGAGACCAUCGCCGCUGUCCUCGCUGCAGAGGGCGGCCACCAGGAGCGCGCAAUCAACACGCUCCUGUCCAUGUCGGACCCGAACUACGUCGCACCGCCGCCCGCACCGACGGACGGGCAGACGCAGUCGGACGAGCAGCUCGCCCGGUCCCUCGCCAUGGCCGAGCAGCAGCAGCAGCAGCAGCAUCAGAGUCAGCAGCAGCAGCGCUCCUUCUUUGGCAACGUCGGCCAGGGCUCGCAGGGCGGCUUUGCUGGCCUUUUUUCUGGCACUGGCGCCGGCGCCUCGUCGUCGCCCCAGUCGUCGUCGCCGGGGUACGACUCGAGCAACCUGACGUACCAGCCGCGCGUGCGCAAGGCGCCUGGCUCCUCUGUUGGUGGCGCAAAUGCAGCGAAUGCAUCAACGACGAGGCCGCCGCUGCAGAGCGCCAACAGCGCCGAGCGGCGCUACCACGAGGGCGAGAGCCUCGUCAGCGGCUGGCCGGGGCCGCGCGAGGCAAAGGCGUGGCAGGAGGACCUCAACAAGCUGGCCGAGAGCAGCCUCAGCCGGGCCGCCUCGACGUUUACUGCCCUGCGCCAGCGCGGCGAGCAGGCGUGGGCCCAGACGCGCGCCCAGCAGCAGCAGCAGCAGCAGCAGCAGCAGCCCGGUCGCCAGUUCUCGUCGGACUCGUCGUCAGCGGCGGGCGCGGCCGUGUCGCCGACGAUGGGCAGCAGCCGAGGCUUUGACCGCGAUGCGAGCCCCGUCGGCGACAACGAGCUGGCCAAGAUCCUGGCACGCGGCCGCGAGGACGACGGCGGGCCUCGGCGGCGCGCUACCAGUGGCGACGGCCCGCGGCAGCAGCAGCAGCAGCAGCCCAGCGUGGCAGACCGGUACAAGAACGUGCUGCGCAAGAACUCGUCGCCUGCAACCGCAUCACGCACCGGGCCGCAUACAGACAAGUCUGCGAACGGGUAUGAUGGUGAAGACGACAACGGCGGCAGCCUCUCGUGGGACGACGCCGGCCGGACGGGCGCGGCGAAGAAGACGUUUGAGCCGAUUCAGAUUGCCGACAACUCGGCGGCAAAGGCCCAGCCGGCGCAGCGCAACGCCGUCAGCCUCAUGGAGGGCAGCGCCGGCCGGGGCCUGACGAGCCCGCGCGCGAGCACGGCCGCCGCGGCAGGUGCAGGCGCAGGUGCAGGGGCAGCGGGGGCAGCAGCGGGUGCGGCAGCACUGGCUGGCAAGAAGUCGCCCGACGGCGACCACGACGAGGGGGACGACGACGAUGACGACGACGACCUCGAAUACGUCGCGAAUCCAUUUGAAGACGAGGACUGA